AUGUCUGUACUGAACCCAUCAUCUGUCAACCAGGUCGAUAUGUCGGCCGCAAAGCCUAGUGUCAACGCAGCGGAUGCAGAGCUUUGGCACGCAUAUUUGCGCGCUAUAUCCGAUUACUUUCCCUUUUCAGAGCAACCGGAUGGCUACCGUAUCUACACGGCACCUCUGACCAGUUUUGGGGUCACAAUCGGCAGGGCAGUUGACCAGUCUAUUGUCAACAACGAUAUUUUCCGUCUCGGCGAUCUCCUGUUACCCCCGGAUAGCCCAAUCUUUCUUCCCCGACUUAGCUAUUCUCAGCGUCUCCGCAGGUACCUUCAAUUUGUGACAACACCACCAGGCCGACAAAAUGCAGACACCUUGGCUAGGCUCGAGAAGACAAAGGAGAAGCUCACUGAAGCCACGAAUGAUUUCAUCAAGUGUCGUCAUCAAGCUUACGGAGCGUAUCUCGCGGAUCCAGCGUAUAUAAAACCUCCAGCUGGAGCUUCUACCACUGCUGAGUCUCAAGUCCAAUUCAAUAGCUGGGCCAAGACAUUCUAUCCAUCAUACCAGCUAGCAUCACUCCACAAGGACGCAGCAUCGCAAGAGGCUUAUGAAGCGCAUUUGGAAUAUUAUGGCCCUCAGACUGCUUCACUGUGGAAUGACAGAGUGCAGUUGGAUCACGCGUUUGUAGCCAACUCCUUAAACAAGCCGUACAACAUGCCUACUUCUACAGGUCAAGUAACCCUCGACGAAAUCGUUGGAUCAGGGUCGCCACCGGCUCCGUUGGAUAUCACGUAUCAACCCAGGUACAAUAUCGACGACAAAUUCUCCGAGAUGGCUCUAAGUUGGGUUCUAAACGCCAAGAACGGCAACAACAAACCGUUGGAAAUUACCGUUCGAUCCAGCUCCGUCUCCCCCGCGAAACCUGCUGAUUGGAAUGAUCUCGGAUUCUCCAAAAUCUCACUUGCGAAACAUGACGAGAUUCUCGCCCGUGUGCCUCUUUUCACGGCUCACACACACGAGGCCUCAACACCAACAAAUCAGCCCAACUUACAAGUUGGUUUGGAGGACAAGAGAACAUCAGUAGAGGUCACGAUACAGGCAUCAGAUGCCGCCGUCUUCACUCUUGGUCCUGAUCAAUCAUGGGACAUCCCAGAUAUGACCACCAGAUAUCCUAGAUUACGAGCCGAAGCACCAGGCGAUCUCUACCAACCCCUUGUUCUAGUCACGCAUGUGUUUCUAGGCUACCAGGUCUCGGUCACUAUGACAUUAGACGAAAAUACCUUUGAAAAGAUUGAUCAAGGAAUAAACAAAUGCCAGGACCACGGAGGGACAGCCAGUUUGUUCGGACUAUCUGUAGGACCACGAUCCACCGACUCAAUGGUCGGCUUCGAGCAGAUCAAACGGGAUCCCUCCAUUAAUACGAUACACAUACCUCCCAGGGACAACUCACAGCUCACGAUAAUUGGAUUGAUGGGAAUGGAACUUCCUGCACCGAAACCAGCUAAAACACCUACUGAUCCCGCUCCCCUAUAA